AUGGCCUCCGGACUAAUCUUCGACCCAAUCCAACUCCUACGCGUCGCCCCCCUAGCCACAAGCACGGGCAGUCUCGUCUAUGCCACCAGCGAACUUCUCCACAACCAUUCCUUCCUCCAGCCCUCCAUCCGCAAGGAUCCCUCGAAAGUCAAAGCGCUGCCCACAUGGUACUCGUAUGUCUUUAACCGGGGUGUGAUGAUCGUCCUCACGCUGAACUUGGGUACCAUUUCUGCGUCUGCAGCGAAUAUCCUGCUUGAUCGACGUCGUUUGGGUGCUAGUAUUACGGGUCUGAAUUCGCUGUCUCGAACUACCUUCUACUGGGCUGGGUUGGUGGCGGCGAUUGGGCAUUUGGUUUUUGUGCCGUGGGUUGCGGGCCCGGUUCAGCGGAUUGUUGAGGAUGAAGGGGAGAAUGCACCGGGGGAGAUGGAGAAGUGGUUGGGGGUUCAUAAAGUGAGGAUGCUGGUUGCGGAUUUUCCUGCUUGGUUGGCUUUUAUUGGGGCUGCUAUGCUGGCAUAG